AUGUUUUAUGGCAACCUGUUGCUUGUAAAAUAUGUGAAAAAAAAAUGUCCGUAUGGUUGUAAGUACGAAGAACGUAAAUGUCCACCAACAAAUUUAAAAGCAUUAUCAAAAUUGCAAAUUGAAUGUUGUUAUAAACAAAGUGGUUGUCCAACUGUAGUCCUUUAUGAAGCACUAGAAAAACGCGAAAAUGAAUGUAAUUAUCAAUUAGUAAUAUGCAAUGGAUGUCAGAAACAGUUGUUGAAAAUAGAUUUUGAUCGACAUCAACAUAAUUGUGGUUUAAUUGAUUUGAAAUGUACCCAGUAUAAACUUACAACAAAGUAUAAACUUUUGUCUCCAUUUCAGUCCGGUUUUAUUGCUAAAGAUAGUACGACAAAUAUGCUUCUUGACGUUGUUCAUGAAAUAAACGCUGGUUUGGAGGAUCAUCACUAUGUUCGAGCUGUUUUGUUAGAUUUUCAGAAAGCAUUUGAUAAUGUUAGUCAUCGAGGAUUACUGCUUAAGUUAGAGAAAAAGGGAAUUCGAGGAAAAGCUCUGAAAUGGUUAGAGAGUUACCUUACUGGACGCAUGAUUCAAACAAUACUAGAAGGUGUGAUCUCGAGCCCGUUGAAAAUUGAUAAAGGUGUUCCGCAAGGUUCAGUGCUGGGUCCGCUCCUCUUUCUACUGUAUAUUGACGAUUUACCAUUGAAUAUUCAAAGCACCAUUAAAUUGUACGCUGAUGAUGUUUUUCUGG